AGCUGUUGCCAUCCAUUCCCGAGGAGGAACCUUGACAAUUUUAACAUCUAGAUAUUAAUUAAUUUGACUGGAAAUUUUUAAAUUAGUCAACGGCUUCCGGCUCUCCUCCCCAGCGAUAGCUCUAGGGAAGCUUUUUUACUUAUCGCCCAGCCGACGGCUUAUCAGCGAUAAGAUCCAAAACAGGUAGCGUCAUUUCGUGAUUUCGUUAAGGGGUAACACGGACACGUAACUCUCAUGGAAGACAUAGUUCCUGAUGUUGUGGAUAGCGUGCCCAAGGGCAGGCUGCAAGUUAUGUACGGGGGAAAUCUCUUCGUAGAGCAGGGCAACGCGCUGACCCCCACACAGGUGAAGGAUGAGCCGAAAGUGACCUGGGAAAGCGAUGAGGGGCAGGAGCGCGAUACGCUGCUCACCCUACUCAUGGUGGAUCCAGAUGCUCCAAGUCGGGCGGAUCCUGAAUUCCGUGAGAUUUUGCACUGGGCCAUGGUCAAUAUUCCGGGAGACGACCCAUGCCGGGGUUACGCUCUUGCUGAGUAUAUAGGCGCGGGUCCGCCGCUAAACACUGGACUACAUCGAUACGUGUUCCUUCUCUACCGUCAGCGCGAAAAGAUUGAGCAGACAGCGACCAUACCAAAAACCAUUCGCAAGGGACGCCUGAACUUUAGCGCCAGGGACUUUGCAUCCAAGCACCGAUUGGGAAGUCCCAUUGCGGCCAACUAUUUCCAAGCACAGUACGAUGACUAUGUGCCCAUUCGCAAUAAACUGUUCACCGGUUAGGUGUUGUUUUUCCAAUCUCAUGCCAAGUGGUGUUUUACCUGCACCGGCUGAAUAAAGUCUACCCAAUCGCUUA